CCUUUGUCAUUAUGAAAAGUAAGCACGGUGACUAAACUCUGCAGUACGACGGGGGUUGCAUCCGGUUUCCAGAAGGCGUACAGACUGAGCACCUCUGGCUUCACGGCCUUCGCUCGUUCUGCGGCUGGCCUGAAAGGCAAUGGGGCCAGACGUGGCCUUUGGAACGGCACUGCCACCACCAUGCCAUAUGAGUUCGCAGAAAUAUCCAACUCUAACAACGAGACGACGCUGGCGGAAGCGGCGACGGUCACAGCGGAUGAAGACGUGUUCGGCCCUAUGUAUGCCAGUACUCUGCGAAUCGCCCUUAUCACCACCAUGUUCGUUCUGUCACUCAUCGGCAAUACAAUCGUAUGCUACCGCCUGCUGACGUCGCGGCGCCACAGGGUGUUCAAGGCUCAGGUGCUGUUCCUGAACCUGGCCCUGGCCGACCUUCUCGUCACGCUGGUUACCAUGAACUCGCAGCUUCUUUGGGAGAUCAUGGGACGCGUCUGGGUCGCCGGCGACGGACCCUGCCGCGUAUUCAAGGUGAUGCAGACGUUCGCGCUUGUCUCAUCCACGUAUAUGCUCGUGGGUAUAGCUGUGGACCGCCACUACGCCAUCUGCAAGCCGCUCGUGCCGGCGCCCAGACCUCGCUCCGUGGCUGCCAUUUGCUGGCUGCUCUCGCUCGUUCCAUCCCUGCCAAACCUGUUCGUGUUCCGCGUGGUCGUGGUUCGAGACAAGUGUUACUGUGCCUCGGUCUUCUACAUCUAUCGGGAUUCCGCUACCACAGCCCGGCAAAUCUACAUGGCGUGCGUGUUCACACUCGUCUUCAUCCUUCCACUGUGUGCGCUGGUAGGGCUCUACACUAGCAUCCUACUCAGGAUGCGGAAGAUGGGUGCCACCAACACCAGGACACCGGGAGGCGUUCGCAUAGGGCUUACGACGACGUCGACAGUCGAGGACAACGAAAAUGCCGACAGCUGUCAGUGAGAGCUCACACAGAAGCACGCUGCCUAGAGCGCGUCUGCGGACUCUGAAGAUGGCGGUGGUGAUAUUUAUGGCAUUCCUGGUGACUAACUUGCCUUACAUGGUACAAGAGAUGAUUUUAGCCUUUGCGCGAGACAUCUCGCUGGGGCCUCACGUGGUGGCCGUGUUUGGCGUCAUCUCUGCCUCCAACAGCGCCAUUAACCCAUACGUGUAUCUGGCCUUCAAUGGCGGUGCGGCAGGCACGAGUUGUGAUGCUCGCGUGCGCGGCUUGUGGCGUAGGUUGACGUGUUCUUCGGGCUCAAAACGCACGACCAUCAUGUUUCGCACGUCGUGCUCAACGUUGCCGACUCGACGCCGUAAGCGGCCAAUAACGGCGCAAGGGCCACUUUCUGAGCAAAAGCACGGAAGUAGCGGACACCUUGGAGCGCCGGAGGAAAAGAUGUGAGAAGUGAACGCAGAUUGCAGGUGGAGUCGUUGUACUGCCAAGUUGGUAAUUUUAAACAGCGCAUGACAUAGUCAUUUUAGGGUAAACUGCCCUUUACCCCGUCGUAAAUUAUUGAGAAGUGAACUGGGCUCGUUUGGUAUGGAUUUUUUC